UGUCAAAUCAGUAUAUUCAAUAUCAAUUCAAGUUGCUAAUAUUGUUUUAUGUUUAUAUUUAAGUUUUUCAGUGUAGUGUGUUAUAGAGAAUUCAUAAAGAAAUACAUUUCAGGAUAAACGAUCAAAAGACCCAACAGUAUGGUUGAUGACCUAAGAAAAUAUUUAAAUCAUCUGAUUGAAAAGGUGAAUGGAUUGCACUGUAUCCUGAUAACUGACCGCGAAGGUGUGCCUGUUGUUAGAUCAGUUACAGAAAAAGCACCCCAAUUAGCCCUGAGACCAAAUUUUAUAUCAACUUUCGGAAUGGCUACUGACCAAGCAAGUAAACUUGGCUUAGGGAGAAAUAAAACUAUAAUAUCCAUGUAUUCUAGUUAUCAGGUAAUUCAAAUGAAUAAACUACCACUAGUAAUCACAUUCAUUGGAAGUGACAAUUGUAACACUGGACAUAUUUUAGCAUUGGAAAGCCAAAUAGAACCCUAUUUACAGGAUUUGGGGACUAUAGUUGCAGAAGCACAUAAAGAUAUGUAACAUUAAAAGUAAGAUGACAAUAGUAUUUAAAUAUGUAUCUUUUUCAAUCUGUGGCUUUUUUGUAUCAUAAUCUUAUUAGCAUCUUAAACAUAAGUUUUAUCAAACAGAAGUAUGCUAUAAUAAUAUUAGAAUAACUAAAAUAAUAAUUUUAUAUUUGUUAUCCUAAUACAUAAGUGUAAGAUUUUACUUAUUAAUUUUAUAUAAAACUUUGAAUAUAUAAA